AUGCUCUCUACAAUCGCAUCUAAUCUAUACUUCACGAUAGAGCUAAUUCACAUGUAUAAAGAAUAAAAUCCAGCAGACGAUAUAAUAUCAUAAGCAGAGAAAGAUAACAUGCAAAAAGAGUAUAAUUAUAUUUUUGAACUUUUAUAGUGUUUCCAUUUGCUUUUCAAAAAAUACAAGGGCACUCAUUUUAAUGAGAAAAUUUAGAUGCUUUCCAUUCUUGGAUUUUUUUCUUUUUCAUACCUCUAUAGACUUAUUUUCAACUUAUACUAAGCUUCAAAUUAUGAUUAAAUGUAAUCUUUCUAAAAAAAUCAAAUGACUGGCUAUUCUAUUGUUAUAUUCUUCCUUUUAUUUUUUGGGGAGGAGUUUCCAUUAGCUCUCAUUUUUGUUUUCCAAUACUUAAAUAAUAAGAACAGUAACAAUAGAGUUAAUCAUUAGAAGUAGACAGUAACUAAAGCAAUAGAUUCCUCAGAGCAAUUAGUUAAUAAUUUAGUUGUGAAUGAGAAAGAAAAGUAUGACUAGUCAGACCUUACUCAUAGCUACAUUGGGCAGCCUUAGCCUACACAUUUGGGAAUGAAUACAUUCAGGCAGAACAGUGAAAAUCCAAAUAAUGAAAACUACAUCAGUGGCAGGCCAAACUAAAGAGUGACGAUAAGUAAAGAUAGUUAAUCCUCAAGAGGAGAUCAUAAGAAUUUCUAUUACGAAUAAUAAUCAAGCGCAGACUCAUUACUCAUACCUCACGAGUUUCAAAAGAAGCACAAUUAGUCAUAUUGA